GCACUAGCCGAAGCACAAAAAGGCCGUUGAAAAGGCGACACCGUAAUCGUAAGUAGCAACAGUUGCUUGAAGCUACGGCGCGACUCCUCAACCUUACAAUUCCUCCUUAUUUAACGCCUACUCUCUCUCUGAUUUUUUUCUCUCUACACAAGCUUUUCUUCUCUCUCUCCACAACUCGAAACUGGAAGAGAGAGAGAGAGAGAGUGAAAAUGGGCAUCCAAGAUGGCGCCACCCACUGCCACCUCGCCACCCCGGCUCCUGAAGCUGAUACUGAUGCGAGUUCCUCUUCCUCAUCAUCCCUCGUUACUCACACUCUCGCUCUUCUUCGAUCUGAUGACCUCAGUUUGAGAGUGCAGGCGGCAAAGGAGAUCCGACGGCUGACCAAGACAUCGCAGCGGUACCGGCGGUAUUUCUCCGCUGCCGUUGGACCCCUUGUGGACAUGCUCAGCUACCAAUCUGCUGAAGCCAACGAGGCCGCCCUCGCCGCCUUGCUGAACCUCGCCGUCAAAGACGAAACAAACAAGAUUAAAAUAAUUGAAGCUGGUGCCUUAAAACCAAUUAUUGGCUUCCUUCAGUCUGAGAAUCUAGCUCUACAGGAGCAUGCAGCCGCAGCCUUGAUCACUCUGUCUGCAUCAUCAGUUAACAAGCAAGUCAUUAGUGCUUCUGGUGCCAUCCCUCUCCUUGUUGAAAUUCUGGGACAUGGGAGUUCACAAGCUAAAUAUGAUGCUGUGAUGGCUCUUUACAACCUGUCAACUUACACGGAUAAUCUUGGCCAAAUCCUUGAAACAGAACCAAUUCCGCUAUUGGUUGAUUUGCUUAAAUCCUGUAAAAGGUCUUCCAAAACUGCAGAAAAAUGUACUGCUUUGAUUGAGUCCUUGGUGGGUUUCGAAGAGGGAAGAAUGGCAUUGAAAUCUGAAGACGGGGGAAUACUUGCAGUAGUAGAAGUCCUUGAGGGUGGGUCACCUCAAAGUCGGGAACAUGCCGUUGGAGCGCUUUUGACCAUGUGCGAAAGUGAUCGCUCAAGGUAUAGAGAACCAAUACUUAUGGAAGGUGUAAUCCCUGGGCUUCUUGAGCUCACCGUCCAAGGAACACCCAAAUCUCAAUCCAAAGCACAAAUGCUUUUGCGGCUGCUGAGGGACACUCCUUACCCGAGAUCUGAGCUUCAACCAGAUACGAUAGAGAAUAUUGUGUCCAAUAUUAUAUCUCAGAUUGACGGGGAAGAUCAAGUAGGAAAAGCAAAACAGAUGCUUGCUGAGAUGGUACAAGUUAGUAUGGAGCAGAGUCUAAGACACCUUCAGAAACGGGCGCUGGUGUGCACUCCAGCUGAUAUACCAAUAAAUAGUUGUGCUUCUGAAGUUCCAUCGAAAUGAUGACUCUAUCUACUUUCAAGGGUCUUUGACAAUGGCUGGUGUUGUAUGUAGCUGUCCAUAGCCCUGAGGAGAAUAAAAAAGGAGGAAGGAGGAGAAAUGAAGCACGAAUGCCAGUCCAGGCCUUUAGUAUGGGUACUUAGUGACUGGUAAGUGUCAAUAAACUGAUUUUGAUUCUAGGUGUGUAAGAUCGGGAGAUUUCUUUUCUCUUAUUUUCUUGUUUUGUGUAAAAUACCUUGUGUGAGAGAGUAUACAUAUGGGGGAGAUGUUUGUAUCUAGUUAUCAUAGUAACCUUUUUAUUUGAAGUAUAAGGCCAAAAGAAAAAAGAAAUAUUUUAUUGUUGAA